GUCUGUCUCGAUAACACCUCUUUCUCGCUCCCUUUUUUUCCGUAUCCGUCUGUCUUGCUUCCUCCCGGUUUCCCUUCCUUCCUCCCUCCCUCUCUUUCACGCGGGCACCGGCAACAGAACCGGCAACGGCACCGAAGGGCUGCAGUUGCGAUCGGAUGAUCGACGAGUACGCGUCUGUUUGGUUGUUGUGUGCCAUCGUUCGAGAGUGUACGCUCGGAAUGUCAGCUAUCAACGAUUCGAUUCUUGUGGGCUGUAUUCGAUGAAUCGAGAGCGACAAGGAGUACGAAGUUAGAGAAGAGCAAUGUUUGCGGGGAUCUGUCAGGUUCACGUAAUCGCCAGACGUGCAGCAUCGCACGACGUCAUCGGGACUGUACAGUAGCGAAAAGGUCGAGAGUUCUGUAUCCGACAGAGGACUUGGAGAAAGAAAGGGGAACGUAAACGCCGAUAAAGACAGAGAGAGAAGCCGGUGCGGGCCAUCGGGACCUUCAGCCCCUUCGAGCCAACCCCAGAAUGUCGUACACCAAUCGAUUCCCGUCGUCUCAGCACACUCGUUAUCGUAGCAGCUGGGGACCCUCUUCGGUAACUGUGUUCAAUCGUGCCGACGUACCCAGGCCGUCGCCGGAAGAGGAAGAGUUCGCUGAGUUCUACCACGAGCGUCUGCACUCCGCCCAGAGCAGACAGUUGCUGCCGCUUCAGGAGGAUCUGGCUGAUUGGAUCAAUAAGACGUUGAACACUGACAUCGUGACGGGGGACAACUUCUUCGAUGCUUUGGACAAUGGCGUAGUGGUCUGCCGACUCGCGAGGGUCAUCCAGGAGAAGGCUAGGUCUGCCAUCGACGCUGGAAGAGCGAAAGGGCCAGUGCCAGUGAUAAGAGGAAGAUGCUGGGAGAACGCGGCGAGGCGCAGUUUCUUUUCGCGGGACAACAUGGAGAACUUCAUUCAGUUCUGCAGGCGUCUGGGUGUCCACGAGAACCUUCUAUUCGAGAGCGACGAUCUCGUGCUGCAUGGUCAACCACGGAACGUAGUGUUGUGCUUACUGGAGGUAGCUCGAUUGGCUUCGAAAUACUCGGUGGAACCACCCGGUUUGGUACAACUCGAGAGGGAAAUCGCUGCGGAACAGGAGCGGGAUCUUCACUGUUUGUCCGAUAGCGGUAUAUCCCAUAGCAGUUUGGUUUCAUGGCAGUUUCAAUCACCGUCCCCGACCGCGACACCCAGGCCUCAACCGGAGAAGAUCAAACACAGCAGCUCAGCAUCGGAAGUCGCAUCGACGGCGACGAGAUGGUUGGAUCCGACUACCGGCGUAACGCACGAACCGGAAAUGCGGCGAUCAGUGAGCGAUAAUGGACCAACGGGUAGCGAUGGGGUACCCAGUGAUACAACGGAAGACGACUGGUCCCGUGGAAGCGCCGAGGAUCCUGAUGAAGUCCCAUCACCGUCCAGUUCACCUUUACCCUCGCCGGUUGAACCUCCAGAGCAUACAGGUCCCAUAACGGAACUCGAUCGCAAGGUGAGGAGAGCCACGGAGGCUAUACAGAGACUCUGUCAAUGUCCAUCGGAGAAAUGUUCCAAGCUGAAGGUACGCAAGGUUGGAGAAGGACGAUAUCACAUCGCCGGAAGGAACGUCUUUAUCAGACUUUUGAAAGGGAGACACAUGAUGGUCAGAGUGGGUGGUGGCUGGGACACCUUGGAACAUUUCUUGGCGAGGCACGACCCCUGUCAGGUGAGGACCCUCAACCGCGACAGCACACCGCCUUCUCCUCACGGCAACAAGCACGCCAACUUUCUUCCAAUUCGCGCCAAGUAUCGCAGUCCUCCACCGGAAUCCGUCUCGGCCCGCUAGCCUAAAAGCACAGUGCCUGUUACAAGUCCACGCUAUUUCACGUUCAUGCUGUUCUGCGUGUUAGUCCGUUUUCGGCGAGUCCGCGACAGAUUGUCAGGGUGUUUACACGGUGAACAAUUGUUCGUUUACGAGGUUGACACGAAACAAGGCAACACCACGCUGAUAGAUGAGCUGCGAGAUGCCUGGUAUUCUUUUCUUAUUUAACGCUUUGACGGUUGGUAUUCGCGAUUCUCAACCUUACCAGAUUUGACAAUUAAUAAUUUAACGUUCGUUAACGACCUCCUAUUAAGCAUAAAAAGAAACGUUGUAGAUUUCACAGAUGUGCAAUCGUCAAAGUGUUAGCGCGGAGAUCAAGGUGUUUUUGUAGAAACGGUUUCCUUCUUUCCAACCGCUCUAGAUGGUGCGUUGACGAUAUCGAGGGAUAUUCCGACAUUUCUUUCUGGUCUCGAAGAGAACAGUAUCGUUGUUCGACUAUCAGCGAAACCGUCCCGGAGAUACGUGAUUUGUAUUAUGCCUGUGCUAUUUCAUGAUCUACUUCUAUUCGCGUAAUCAUGUACACACCGAACCAAGUGCACCUAUCUUCAUGCAUAAGAUGUUACAGGGGAUGGCACUAUUUUUUCUUACAAUGUCAUGUAAUGCGGUUGGGGAGCACUAAUGUUUAACGUAUGUCCUAACAAGCGUGUUAAUAUGCCAAUUUCUAUGGAGGAGUUGCGUCGAUAUUUUACCUCUUAUGAUUCGCCCUCCUGUGAGUUAGCUAAACGUAUGUAGAGUUACAUAUGUGUAUGUGCACAAUAGUCGAGUUACGUAAAUGCGUUUAUAAGAUGUACUAUUUGUACUUCGUAUGUGUAAAAGCAUCUCUUAUGUGUAUAAUUAUUCGGUACCUUGGUCCUUCAAAUGUUUAACUCUCUCGUUGCGAUUUGUUACUGUCAGUGCUAAUUUUAUCGACAGUUUCAACAUUUUUUAUUUAUCUUUCAAGAGCUCAGAUCUUCAAUUUCUCAAAUUUCUAUGACUAAAAAUUUGUUA